AUGCCCCGACGCUCAACGUCGUCACACUCGUCCUGGGGGCCUCGCUCUCUCACUGCGCUUGUCACGCACACGCUUCUCCUCUUCUCGGCUCUUACUCCUGCAUUUGGCGCCAAUACGAGAAAUGACCGAGUAACCAAGUGCCGCGUCAAGCGCAAGGAAGGCCAAGGCAUUCUUGUCGCCCCCACCCAAACGACCAGCACAUCCAGUGCUGCCGUAAUUGACAAUGUCGCACCAGCACCCACAUCGACACAGGACGUGAAUGGCACUGUCAACCAAGACGCGGUCGGAUCGCCGCCGCCGUUGCCACCGUUUGAUUACCAGAACCGCAAAGUUCGUGGUGUCAAUCUCGGUGGCUGGUUCUUGAUGGAGCCUUGGAUCACGCCGAGCAUGUUUGAAAAGACGGGCAACGAGGCCAUUGUCGACGAGUAUACGUUUGGUCUCUACCAGGAUCGUGGUAUUGCUACAGCUGCUCUUGAGCAACAUUGGUCGACGUUCUAUACCGAACAAGACUUUAUCGACAUUGCUAGUGUCGGCUUGAAUCACGUUCGAUUACCCAUCUCGUACUGGAGCGUUCCUGCCGCGCAAAACACUUGGCCCUAUAUCCCUGGCGCAUGGCCUCACAUCCUCCGGGCCCUCGACUGGGCCACCGCUCAUGGUCUCUACGUCAUUCUCGAUCUUCACGGUGCACCAGGAUCUCAAAACGGAUUCGACAACUCGGGACAACGCACCAGCAAUCCCGUCUGGGCAUUUGACCAGGCGCACGUCGAUCAGACGCUGCUCGUCAUCGAGACGAUGGCUCGAGAAGUCGCCCACAAGGUUUCUGUCAUCCAAUUGCUCAACGAACUCGCUGGUUUCCGUGGACAACAAUGGUCAGACCAGGCACGAAAUUUUUGGCAAGCUGGCUACGACCGUGUGCGAGCGGUUGCCGGCAACGAUGUCAAAGUCAUGAUCGGAGAUGCGUUUCUCGGUAUCAAUAGCUGGGAUGGAUAUAUGAAGUCGAGCCAGAAUGUCAUGAUGGACUUGCAUGUGUACCAGAUCUUUAGCAAUGGGGAGCUAUCUCGUUCAUGGGAUGAGCAUGUCAACUUUAUGUGCAAUCGCAUCGACGAGUUUACUGGUUACGCUUCAAGGAACCUCUGGUUGGUGAUGGGAGAGUGGUCAAAUGCCCAGACGGACUGCUGCCGGUACUUGAACGGUCGUGGUAUCGGCGCACGGUGGGACGGAACCUAUGCUGGCGACGCGCCAUUGGGAUCCUGCCAAGGAAUGACUGGAAGCUACACGACAUUUAGCGAACCGUACAAGGCGUCGAUGCGAAAGUACUGGGAGGCCCAGGUGACGGUUGCCGAGCGGGUCAACGGAUGGGUAUACUGGACGUGGAAGGCGGAGGAUGCAGACGACUGGAGCUAUCAAAAGGGUGUCGAAGCUGGGUAUAUUCCGCGCAAUCCAGACGAGAGGCUCUAUCCAAACGUGUGCGGAUGA